UGGGCAGGUGAGUGGCAGGGGAGGACGGAGGAGACCAGCAAGUGACGGCCAUUGCCGCCACUGCUUCUACAAUUCCCGCCCAAAAUUUUGAAUCUCCCGCCGAGAUUCGGGGAGCUUCCGCCGGGAGCCAGGAGCAUCAUGGGACUGGCGUCACUUCUGGCCGCGGCCCGCACCAAUCUGCGGUCGCCGCGUCAUCGGUGGUGCGUCCGCUGCAAGGGGCCGCCAUUUUUUUGGCUGACGGUGGCGCGGUUCCCGCCAAAAGUGACGGGGAACAUCUACCUGUGGGAUGCAUGCCGGCCAUCCACCCAUGACUGCCCGUCCUCAAAUAAUUCUCGGCGGUGGGCGGCGACUGUGUGGCCUUUCAACACGGCGGGAUGGACAGAGGAAGAGGCGCUGCGGGCACUCCCGGCCGCUCUGGACGACAACGCCCGAACUGCCCUCAUCACAAUUCCAUGAGAGGAGCGGUCUACAUUGCAGCGGGCGUUGCAACACUUGGCCGACAUUUACGGCCCACCAUUGGACACUCGACACCGGUUCGCCGCUCGGAGGAAACUCCCCUCAGUUUAACACGGAAGGUCUGAGGGUGGAAGUCUGGAUGGCGUCCGAUUCACUGGUGACAAGAAGGAACUAUUCCAAGUAAAGUAGGUGUUGGUGAGGCAGUGCCUGACCAGCGUAGAAGAGAUGCCGCGACUCUAAGAUGGCCUCAGCUGCUGACCCCAAGCAGCAAGCUCGAGGAGGAGGUGGUGGUGGAGGUGGUGGUGGAGGGGGUGCUGGUGAACUAAUAGCUGUAGGCGAUGCUGGAGGUGGAGCUGGAGGGGUGGAGCAGCCUUUCGACCUGAUGUUCAAGCUGCUGAUCAUAGGCAACAGCGGGGUGGGGAAGACGUCGCUGCUGUUCCGCUAUGCGGAGGACUCUUUCACGGCCGCCUUCGUCUCCACAGUGGGCAUCGACUUUAAGGUGAAGACGCUGAGACGCAGCGGCAAGACCAUCAAACUCCAGAUCUGGGAUACCGCGGGUCAAGAGCGUUACCGCACCAUCACCACUGCCUACUACCGCGGCGCUAUGGGGUUCCUGCUGGUGUACGACAUCACCAGCCAGGAGUCCUUCACAGCCAUCACCGAUUGGGCGACUCAGAUCACCGCCUACUCCUGGGACAGCACUCGGGUGAUCGUUGUUGGCAACAAAUGCGACCUGGAGCCGGAGCGAGUGGUGGCGACCGACACGGGCAAGCGACUGGCAGAGCAACUCGGCUUCGGCUUCCGUGAGACGAGCUCCAAGGAGAACCUCGGCGUGGCCGAGACCUUCGACGCACUCGUGGACCUUAUCUGCGAGAGACUCCCCUCCGCCUCGUCGGACAACGCCGGCCGGGGGGACGCCCCUGUGAUCCUGGCGGGAGGGGCCCACGCUCAGCAGGCUUGCUCCUGCUGAGAUGCCGCUCUCGGCCUUGCCCACACCACCGCAUCGACAGAACUGCCAUCGCGGCGUGCGUAGUGACUCACUGACUCACCAAGUCACUCGCACAGCCUUGCUCAGACCACCGGCUCAACAGAACUGUCAUCGGGUGUGGUGAUUUGCUGACUUACCCACUUACACCCAAAGUCACUCGCACAGCCUUGCCCACACCACCGCAUCGACAGAACUGCCAUCACGACAUGCAUGUAGGGAAUCACUAAGUCAGUCACUUGCACAGCCUUGUACACACAACCGAAUCGACAGAACUGUCAUGGUGUGUGGCCACUCGCUGACUUAUCCACUCACCCACUCAGCCUUGUCCAGACCAACGGCCUAGACAGAAUUUCCAUCACAGCAUGUGUGUGGCAGCUCACUCACUAAGUCACUCACACUCACUAAGUCUCUCGCACAGCCUUGCCAACACCACCGCAUCGACAGAACUGCCACGCCAUGUGGUGACUUACAAACUCACCACCGGCACUACAGAACUACCGUCGCGUAUGACGACUCGCUGACUUACCCACUCACUCACUAAGGCACUUAGAGAGCCUUGCCCAGACCACCAGAUUGAUAGAACUGUCAUCACGGAGUGGGUGUGAGUUUGUGAUUCCACACUUGCCAAAUCACUCACACAGCCUUGUCCAGACCAUCGGCUCGGAUGAACUUCCAUCGUGUGUGGUGACUUACAAAUGGCACUGACUCGCUGACUCUUCCAUAACACCGAGUCACUCGCACACAUUUUUGUGUGUUAGUUGUCCUUUCCCCGCACCUCUGAUUGUGUUAUCACGGUUGGCCACGUACGGUGCGAAAGAAGUUCAAUGUACAUACAAACUACUAUACACUACAUAUUAUACACUACUACACACUACACUAUACACUACUAUUCACUAGAAUACUAUACACUACACCACUAUAAACUAUUAUUCAUUACACUACUAUACACUACACUAAUAUACACUUUCCACAACAUUACUACAGUGAAAACUCUUCUCUUUAGAACUACUUCUUGUGUUAAUUUUUUUUGUCCUUCCCCCGCACCUCCGAUUAGCACGAUUGGCUACAUACGGUGCGAAAUAAAUUCAACAUACACACAUACAACUGUAGACUAUACACUACAUUAUACACUUACUACACUUUACAAUAUGGGCAGUCCUCGGGUUACGAACCCAAGUCGGUUCGUAAGUCGGAACAAAAUAAUGCACUAUUUUUAAAUGCCCAGAUGGUCAGUGUUAUGAAAUGUGUUACGGUUCAACAAAAAUGGAAGCAUCGUUAAAAUCAUAAUUAGGAAGAUAUGUUAUACAUUUGCAGGUAACACCGUAAAAAACAUUACUGUACAGUAAGUAAAACAUAACAUUAAGUCACGUAAAUACAUAUAUUUUUUAUUUUCACUUACCUUGAGUCCUGAUGCUAGCUUGUAGUCGGAAGGGGGGCAAUGAGGCACCACAAUUGCGCACACACACACAGACAAUGGGCACACACACAGACAAGGGGCACACACAGAGACACACAGACACCCCAACGACAACGAACUCCCAUGUAGCCUUAACAGGCUGUCGAGACGAAUGCUGUUAGCGAGCAACGCCUAUGAAGGCCGGCACUGUGAUACACGAGGUCAGUGGCCAGCGCCACGCCCGGCUGCCUUUGUCUCCCCUGCGGCGAUGUUUACACCGCACCCGCUAUUCCUUUGAAGCUGAAUCAACCGAGUGGAGGCCCAAGACUGGUUCAGAUGAACGUCACAGGUGUUGAUCGUGAGUGACAAUUGUCUGAUGCCACAGCAUCGAGGCCACUCUGCCGGCGCCGCCCCCCUGCAUCCACGAAAACUGCACCCUGUCCCCAAAACACCCCCACCCCCCCUCUUCCCCACGAUUGAAUACACUCACAAGUAGUGUCCUCAUUGGGGAUCACCUGGGUCUACCAGUUGGGUUUUACUUCGAGGAUUCCUCCGAGGAAUGUCCACCGGUGUCCUGGCUCGACCCAACAGGGCAGUUUACAUUGAAGCGCCCCUGAAUUGGAUUGACAGUGGUACGGCACACAAAAAAGGGGCUGUUAAUAAAUGACGUCACGCACCUGGGGGAGGUUAGACAUUUGUGACGAGUGACGAGGGGGGGGGGUUUGAGAAAUGUGACGUCACAUCAAUAUGC